UAUGAUUCAUUAUGGAGCUUGGCAGGCAGUUUGUUGCAGCAGUCAAAUAAGAGAUUGAGCAGGCGACUGGCGGUUUGGAUGAUUUCACCAGCAAUUUGUGCUGCUCGUGGGGGAUUUUGGGGGCUGAGGACAGAGACCUACUGGGCACGGCCCUGGGAAAGGGAAAAUAAAGUCAUGUUGAGGUUUUGCUGAGAUUUUUCCUUUCUUGGAUAAUGUGUCUCAGUGUUAAGUCAGAUUCCUGCGGCCCGAGAGGAUGUAAAGUGAGACUGCUGUCAGCCGGAGAGACCUCUGUCUUACACUGAGACCCUCUGUACCGAGACCUUCUGUGGGACACUCAGCCCCUCUGUGUUGGACUGGGACCCUCUGUUUUAGAUUGGGAACCUCUGUGUUGGACUGGGACCCUCUGUUUUAGAUUGGGAACCUCUGUGUUGGACUGGGGCCCUCUGUGUUGGACUUGGACCCUCUGUGUUGGACUGGGAUCCUCUAUUGGGAGACUGAGCUCCUCGGUGCUGGACUGGGACCCUCUGUGCUGGACUGGGAUCCUCUGUUGAGAGACUGAGCCUCUCGGUGCUGGACUGGGACCCUCUGUGCUGGACUGGGACCAUCUGUGCUGGACUGGGACCAUCUCUGUUUGACUGGGACCCUCUGUGCUGGACUGGGACCUUCUAUGGGAAAGUGAGCCCCUCUGUGUUGGACUGGGACCCUCUGUGCUGGACUGUGAUCCUGUGUUGGGAGACUGAGCCCCUCUGUGCUGAAUUGGGACCUUCUGUGUUGGACUGGGUCUCUGCAGGACCCUCUGACUUGGCCUGGGUAUGUCUGUGGGAGACUGAGCCCCUCUCGCAUAGCUUAGAUCCUUCUGUAGGAAACUGAGCUCCUGGGGUGAAGUUACUUUAAAUUUGGACCCCCCCAAGACCUUAUUCAGCUUUAAAGCUUGAGAUUCUGCUUCUAGUAUCAUUCUACCAAUUCUUCCCACUGAGGGCAGAGACCACCCUGCACCUGGGCAAUGAAGGGGGACGGAGGUGCCCUGUGGAAUCUGAUGUGGAAAUACUGUAUUUCUGUCCGGACAAUCAGUGUUGAGGGGGACGUUCCAGGGAAUGAGAGCGGCUCACUAGACGGCACAUCGAGUUACCACCAAGGGGCAAUUACUCACAGUUCAUCUCUAAGUCCAGAUCAGUACGAUCACCCCCCGUACGGCAUUUACCCUGUGACUCCCGGCCAGAGAUCCCGCCGGCCCAAACUACAACACUCCACCUCUAUACUGCGCAAACAGGCCGAGGAGGACGCCAUCAAACGGUCCCGGUCACUAUCAGAGAGCUAUGAGUUGUCUUCUGAUCUGCAGGACAAGCAGGUGGAAAUGCUUGAGCGCAAAUAUGGAGGCCGUCUCGUAAGCAGACAUGCAGCGCGCACCAUACAGACCGCAUUCCGCCAGUAUCAGAUGAACAAGAACUUUGAGCGGCUCAGAAGUUCCAUGUCGGAGAAUCGCAUGUCCCGGCGCAUCGUUCUGUCCAACAUGAGGAUGCAGUUUUCCUUUGAAGGACCAGAGAAAGUCCACAGCUCGUACUUUGAGGGUAAACAGGUUUCCAUGAGCAACGACGGCACAAAAAUGGGGCGUCUGGUUCAGUCUGAAUGCGGAGAUCGAGGGGAGCAAACAUCUAUGAAAUCUCCAGCGGCAUCCAGCGACUUUGCUGACGCCAUUACUGAGCUGGAGGACGCCUUCUCCCGGCAGGUCAAGUCCCUCGCCGAGUCCAUAGACGACGCGCUCAAUUGCCGCAGCCUCCACGCGGACGAGGCCCAAUCAGCUGCUCCGAUCAGGGGUCGGGAAAUAGAGAGGAGCGGUUCCGGGCAGAUGAAAGCAGCACAUAAUGUGGAUCACAGGAAACUGGACGAAAUGACGGCGUCCUACAGUGAUGUCACUUUGUACAUUGAUGAGGAAGAACUGUCCCCUCCUCUUCCUCUCUCACAGUCCGUAGACAGAACCUCUAGCACAGAAUCCGAACUGAGACUCAGGUCUAUGAACUCUCAAGAGUACUGGUCCAUGACGCACAAGGAUGAUAAGUUGGACACGGACACCAGUUGCAGGAGCACCCCGUCUCUGGAUUGCCAAGACCACCGGUCACGGAUAGACCACCUACCUUUACUCACCAUCGAGCCUCCCAGCGACAGUUCCGUGGAUUUCAGCGAUCGUUCAGAACGAGGGUCCGUUAAAAGACAAAACGUGUAUGAAAGAGGGAUCCCCAAUCAGCCGGGGAGUCCCAAACACAUCCCCCAUAUCCCCACUAAGAUUAUACCCCGAGACGCGGAACAGCCCCGCCACAGGCCCCGGCCCAUAGACGCCCAGUUGAUUAUUAACGGCACCGUCAAUCGGCAGAGUAAGUCUGAGUCGGAUUAUUCCGACGGGGACAACGACAGUAUCAAUAGCACUUCCAACUCCAACGACACCAUCAACUGCAGCUCCGAGUCAUCCCGGGACAGUCUCCGGGAACAGACGCUCAGUAAACAGACUUACCACAAGGAGACGCGCAACAGCUGGGACUCGCCUGCGUUCAGCAAUGAUGUCAUCAGGAAACGCCACUAUCGGAUUGGCUUAAAUCUCUUCAACAAGAAGCCGGAGAAGGGGGUCCAGUACCUGAUAGAGAGGGGCUUCGUGCCGGACACACCAGUGGGGGUGGCGCAUUUCUUCCUGCAGAGAAAGGGGCUCAGCCGACAGAUGAUCGGAGAAUUUCUGGGUAACCGGCAGAAACAAUUCAACAGGGACGUCCUGGACUGCGUGGUGGAUGAAAUGGACUUUUCGGCAAUGGAACUUGAUGAAGCUCUCAGGAAAUUUCAGGCUCAUAUUCGGGUACAGGGAGAGGCCCAGAAGGUGGAACGUUUAAUUGAAGCAUUUAGCCAACGAUACUGUAUGUGUAACCCCGGGGUGGUCAGACAAUUCCGCAACCCCGACACCAUCUUCAUCUUAGCGUUUGCCAUCAUCCUCCUCAAUACGGACAUGUACAGCCCCAACGUCAAACCCGAGCGCAAGAUGAAAUUAGAGGAUUUUGUGAAAAACUUACGAGGGGUGGAUGAUGGGGAGGACAUCCCGCGGGAAACUCUGGUUGGGAUUUAUGAGCGGAUCCACAAGCGGGAGCUGAAGACAAACGAGGAUCACGUGUCGCAGGUGCAGAAAGUGGAAAAACUCAUCGUCGGCAAAAAGCCGAUCGGAUCCUUGCACCAUGGACUUGGUUGUGUUCUCUCGUUACCUCACCGCAGGCUCGUCUGUUACUGUCGCCUUUUUGAGGUCCCAGAUCCAAAUAAACCUCAGAAACUGGGUCUGCACCAGCGGGAAAUCUUCCUGUUUAAUGACCUGCUUGUGGUCACAAAGAUUUUCCAGAAAAAGAAAAAUUCUGUAACUUACAGUUUCCGGCAGUCGUUUUCCCUUUAUGGAAUGCAAGUUCUUAUGUUUGAGAAUCAAUAUUACCCUAACGGCAUUCGUCUCACCUCGGCCAUCCCUGGUGCCGACAUUAAGGUUCUCAUCAACUUCAACGCCCCAAAUCCUCAGGAUCGGAAGAAAUUCACGGAUGAUUUGCGAGAGUCCAUAGCUGAGGUGCAAGAGAUGGAAAAGUACAGAAUAGAGUGUAAGUACAAAGCGGAGUUAGAAAAGCAAAAGGGAGUGGUGCGGCCCAUCAUGUCCCAGAGCUCCAGCCUGAAGAAGGAGUCCGGUAACAGCGCUCUGAACAGGGCGUGUCUAGACGACAGCUACGCCUCAGGGGAGGGGCUAAAACGCAGCGCUCUAAGCAGCUCUCUCAGGGACCUCUCGGAAGCAGGCAAGCGUGGGAGACGCAGCAGUGCAGGAUCGCUAGACAGCAAUAUGGAAGGGUCCAUCAUUAGCAGCCCUCACAUACGCCGACGAACCCCAUCUACACGGGAGUGCCCAUCUCGCCAGAGCAUGCCUAGCUCUUCCUCCUCCCUCUUAGGCUCUUUGUUUGGCACAAAACGGGGCAAACCUUCCUCUUCGUCCCAAGGCCACUUGGCUUCCAGCGCAUCCCAGUCACAGCACCCGACUCUGAUCUCCCAUCAACGUCACUCAACGGGGGAACUGGUAGGGCCGUCUGAAGGCCAAACCCAGGCACAAGUACACGCUCAGCACUCCCAGUAUUGUCACAUACAGCAAAACCCUCCUCCCUACCAUCAUCAUCAUCACUAUCUGCCCCCUCAGCACCUUCAGCAGCACCGGUACCACCCCGUGGCACAGCACACCCCCUAUAUGCAACAUGCACAACAUUCCCACUCUUCCCACCCACCCCUCCCUCCCUCUGCACAUUCCCAGCAUGCACAGCACCACCACAGCCAGCAGGCCUCCUCCUCAUCUGUAAGCACGAAACCAAAACACAGCGGGAUCAGUACAAUAGUCUAGCGCUCCAGGCCCACAAUGCAUUGCUACUGGAGGAAUAGAAUUCUGUCUCACUAAUGUGGUAAUGUUUACAUAGUUGUGUUAUUAAAUGGGAGACAUUAAUACAGGGUUGGGCAGUGGGGCCCUAGCAUCGGUGGGGCCCAUGGAACCUACUUAGAGUAUAAAAAACAUAUUAUAUUGUUUACCAAUUAUAGCUAAAAUAUGUGGCCCCUCCUGUCUGACCGUGGCCCUGCAUUUAUUUACAUAUAAGUGUCAUGUUUUAGUAGGUGGGAAACAAAUCUUAUUUAUUGCUUGAUAAACGAGUAACUGUACAAAUAGACCAACUGCAUUGUCGCUUUGUAACUCCUAUACAGCAACCCCCACCCCGAGUUCUGCUUUGUGGAGCUGCUAGGGUUAAGCUAACGAGCCAGUGUGCGGGUAAUUAGCUAGACUUUCUCAUCUCAGAUGAUUCUACUUGAACCUGAAAUCCUUUUUGUUGCGACUUCGAGCAAUUGUAGCAAUAUGGGGCGGAGCUGGAAGGAAUGCACUACUAUUGCAGCAACGGUCAUUUGCACUUAAUCCAUGAAUAAAUGUGCCAAUCACUCACACUCACUGUGCUUCACUCACACUCACUCUUUCUCUGACUAUGCUAUUGGGUCAAUGAUCGCCAGCCGUGUGACUCAGAAAUCGGGCCACUCCCCCUUCCUGGAGGUUUGAGGAUAAAAACAAUAAAUUUGGGACAUUCAGAGAACUGUGAA